UGCCGAAGUCACAAACAAGGUGUAUUUACCAAGAGGAUUCAUAUAUAUAAGCACAGCAGACUUAGUGAUUUUAGCACAAAUAAUAUCUAGCGAACAACAUAAAAUUUCAUACCUUGCAACUUCAACGAAAAACACCUAAUACAUAUAUCGACAAGAUGAACUACUCAAACAAGAUGCGAUUCCUCAACCGUGAUCUGACGUCUAAUCACUUCAAAGCCGUUAUCCCGGCACUUCUCUCCAAUCUGCCCAAAGAUUGGUAUGGCACUACAUUCAAAAACCACGAUCUAUUAGGCCGGGGUAAGUUCGGAACUAACUUAUCUAACCUCCUGCUAACCAAAGACCACGAUGCAAUCACAUCGGAGGAUCUGGGUGCGUUGGGUAAUGCCGAGGACUACCUGCGCGUCUCUAGUAAUAUUUCCACCAUUUUGGAGGCGGCCUUGGCUGUGGAGAGAGAUCUGGAUGUUACCGAGGUUUUCUCCUUUGGAUCAACCACCAUGCCCGUCAUCGCCGUUCUGCUCACAGCCGCCAAGCCCGUACACAUGUAUGUUGGCGAAAACGGGGACGCCCCGUUCACAUCUACGCAAAUGAAUACGCUGAAGUUGCUGGGUUGUGAUUUGACCGUGCAUCAGUCUUUGCCCAGCGAGAGAUCGGACACGCGUGUGACUAUAACCAAUUUACAGGACAGUUCACUAACGGAGAAGGUGGACGGUGUUAUCGCGCCUAAUGUACUGUACAUCAUUAAUCCCGAAACCAUCCUCAGUAAUAGCAUAUUAACAAUUAGAAAGCGCAUGAGCACCCCUGUCACCACACCCGUAGCCAUAGAGAUGCUCAGGCAGUACGCAGGCCUGCCAGUUCAAGACAGCCCCAAGCCUACGGGUGAGGAACUGGCUGCCUUCUACGCCCAUCUGCAGACUAUGUCAGGUACACCCGCGAAUGCGAGUGCGAACCCAGCGUGUUUCACAGCGGGGUUGCCGUCUAUCGCAUCACUGUGGGUGACGCUGGUGGGCCAGGGUGGUGCUGAUGUUCUCAUGGCCAGUACUGCGUAUGGCGGUAGCAGUCAGCUGACUGAUCUGUUGUGUGAUAAGACUGAGGUGAUGACCAAGCACACAUAUGAUAUCACGGGGAGCAACGAUAUAAGCGCUGCUAUUCAGGGUGCGCUGACGAAAUUGGCCGGGAAUGCGCAGAACCUGCAUCCCAGGACGGUGUUGUUUGUGGAGAUUCCCACGAAUCCGGAUAUGAAGAUUCCCGAUAUGAAAGCCCUGGCCGAGAUGCUCACCAAGUACAGAGAGGACACACAGAAGGAUGUGCUCUUGCUCAUGGACACUACCUUCGCACCGGGAUCGCGAGUGAUGGAACUCAUGAGUGCGCACGCUCCCAAUCUGACCAUGCUGACCUUCAUCAGCAUGUCCAAGAGUGUGUCACGUGGUCUAACUACAGCCGGAGCCCUGGUCUGUGGGUCGUCCGAUGCGUCUGUGGCGUUGCUAGGCAAGGUGAAGGACACCGCACAGAUGCUGGAUGUGAGUGCUAAGCGUGAUCAGAUGCGAUUCCUGGUGGGUAAUCACGAGGGGGUGGAGGCCCGGUGUCAGAAGGCGUACACGAACGCUGUUCUGGCGGGUAACGCGUUGAAGGAAGUGGUCGCUGAAGUUCGGGAUGGCUACGAGAUGGGUUUGAACUUUGUGACUGAAAAGCAGGCGGCCUUAGGGUUCCAUACGAGUACGUUUUCCUUUAACUUACCCGUCGUUAAAAACGGGACGGCCAGUGAGAACGCGGCUUUGGCGCAGAAGUUUACGGAUUUGCUGCAACAGCACGACGCGGUAUUCAAGCCGUGCGUGAGCUUUGGACAGGACAACGGGUUGGUGUAUGCGACGGUGCCUGCGACCAGCACCCAAGGGGCGAUCAAAGAGGAGGACAAGGCCAAGCAGGCCGUAGGCGGUGUGCAGCUCUGCAGGCUGAGUUUCCCGCCUACUAUAGAUAUGGAGAAAGUGUGUGGUAUCAUUAGGGACGCAGUGAGGAACGUGUACUAGAGAGACGUACACGAAGGGACUCGGCGUGAGCUAACGAGGUCUGAAACUUUACAGGAGGUUUGGGGAGUCAUUACGGUAGGUUUGACAAGAUAGUGAUUAGAGCUCAGUUUGAGAAAACUGUACAAGUACUGUGGACGGGGUUUAUGGGGUAGUGGUAGACGUGUCUCGAGCCACUCAGAUAUCUCGGGGGAAAUGCACAUAAUAGGUAUAAGAGGAUUCACAAUUGAGAAUACAAAGCCUUGAAUAGCUCUAUUCCAUACGAAAUAGGUUGUCAAUACAUGCAUGGCAUGAAAUAAAGUACUAUGUACUAUAGAGCGG